AUGGAUGCCAAAACGCGACUGCGCAAGGCAUGCGAUGCCUGCAGUAUUCGCAAGGUGAAGAGGCAAAAGCUCGAAGCCCAGUCGGAUAAUUCACCGGCCAGCCUGUCUGAAUAUAUCUUGCCGAGCACGCCUCAGCCAUCUGCUGCUUCUAUUCAUUCGUCAACGACCUCUAUUCCCGCUUCUGCGGAAGCCAUUUGUUCAUUGCACACGGUUCAGCUACUUUUAGACGAUUUCUUCAUGUACAUUCACCCUUUGGUUCCCGUUCCCCAUGAACCUUCUUUUCGUGCUGCCUUUGAACGCCGCGAGGAUACUACUAGCGGCACUUUUUUAGCCCUCUUGGCCUCCAUGAUAGGAUUCCUCGUGGCCUCCUUUCCUCGGCGACCCAAACUACGACUCAACACCGAGGCAGAACGUUCUGCAUUUCCCAACUCCAUAGCAUUGGUCAAGCGAUGCCAUGAUGUUGCCAUUCAAGCUCGAGGCAUUGGGUAUCUUGACCGCAAUGUGACAGUUUACGAUGCAGCCACGAGUUAUUUCUUAGGGCUAUGUUCCGGCUACAUUUACAGUAUGCGCCGAUGCCGUGUCUAUCUGGCGGAAUGUCGCACUAUGAUUCAGGUAUAUGACCUUUGUCGUUCUCCUUCACCUCUGCCCUCUGCAUCCGAACCAAACGCCACGGGUCCAAUGUCCCCAGCGUCAGGAACGACACAUGAUCAACCAGCCCAAAAUCUCACGGACAAUCCGACGGUAGAUCUGAUAACCCAGGAGUUGGGCCGUCGGCUAUUCUACGUCACACUGGUUGGAUAUCAAACUCUGCAUCAGAUGGGCUCCUCCGACAUUAAGGUUCAAAUCCCUCCUGAGACCCCAACUGAUCGAUAUCCCCCGCUCCCGCUUGAGAUUGACGACGAGUUCCUCUUCUCCACCCAUGUCAGCGCUCAACCUGCCGAUCGUGUAUCACAACUUGUCGCUUUCAACGCAAACGUCCGGGUUUACGGCUCGAACAAUGCUUUGUUGGCUUGGGAUAUCGCGUUCGGCAGUGGCCAGAUCUUUGACUGGGAGCAUCAGCGCUCCUGUCUGUGGGAAUGUCUCCAAAAGGCGAAGUCUGCGCUUUCAAAUGUCCCCGUCGAGCUGUCCCUCUUCCACCCCAAGCGGAUCUCCCCAGCUGGACUGUCUGGGCUGAACGAGGACGGCUCAAUAUUCAACUACCCUCAUGACCACAUUCAUCAGGAACGUCGAGCGAUCCAGUACGAGAUCCAGAAGGCCAAUAUUUAUGCUAGCCAACUCUGCACAAGGUCAUACCUGGUUGAAAAAUACUGGAAUCUCUUUGAGACAUUCACCAAAUAUGGGAACUCGGCAAAAAUAUCCAUCCCGACGCCUGCCAUACCGCACAUCAAACAUGAGCCGUCAUCAGAGAUACCUGCUGAGCCGGCCUCGACGGUAGGCCCGAAUACCUCUUCACAGGCUCUGGCACACAUACAAACAGACUCCAUUGGCCGCAUGAUGGCCGAGGAGCGCAAACUGGUCAUCAAGGAAUUUUUCAUCCUCCUGCGUACCGUCAACGAAGUCAACAUGGAGCCCAACGGCGGGAGCAUCACAACCAAAAUCCGUCAAGUAGCAUCCACCCUUCUCAACCAAACAACAAAAACCAUUCCAACCGAAGACCCAUUGGUCACUCCCCUAGCAGGAGUUUCAAAUCCCGGUCCGAACACCUCAAGCCCCCAUGUCCUUACGUCCGCCGAAGCGGAAUCUUACCUUCACGCCUUCGUCGAUACCCUUGUCCGCCUCGAAGGCCACGCCUCCGUAGCCACGGAUCUAAGUAGUGGAGCCGAGGGCGUCAGUCCACUGGCGAACGUGCGCGCAAUGAGUUACUUGAGUGACUAUGAGCGUGAUCAGGAGGAGCUGAGCCAGUGGGCUAGCUUGAAGGAGUAUCAGCUGAAAUUUGCGGAUGUUGGUGGUUUCUUGUCCGAAUUGUAG